ACCUUUAUCUUCUAACAUAUCUGAAUCCCAGCCGACUCGUUAACUAACCCAUUUCACAAGUUUGGAUAUUCAUUUGACCAAGUCCAGGCCAGCCGAAUCUAAUAUGCAGACAAAAGGUAUAUAAAACGUGUUACUGGGAAGCCGAUCGAAUUACACCGGAAUGCUUAUCCUGGACUGGGCCAUGGCCAAUAAGGCAAUAAUUAACCAUGGAUUUUAAUAAUUAAUCAGUUGGAACUCCUUUCUAUAUAAACCAGAUAAUGGAUAUGGAACUGCUCCACCAAAAACACACUAGCAUCGCUAAUUACUCCAAUAACUUCAUACCCUUUUCAUUGCCUCUUCCUUUACUUAGUUCUUCAUCCCUCAUCAUUGUUACUACAGUUUGCAAUGGCACACCAGCUUGCUUUCCUGGCCUGUUUGGUAGCUCUUGCCGCUUGUGCAGGUCUCACAUUGGCCGAAGAACCUGCCAACCUUCAGUAUUUCUGCGUGGCAAGUCCUAACGCCAAUGUAAGGAUGAAUGGAUUGGCAUGUAAGGAUACUAUGACGGUUCGGGCGAGCGAUUUUGUAUUUAACGGGCUCCACAUUCCGGGGCUUAACACGCUCGAAAUCUCGAUGGUGGGCUUGAGGGUCACCCCGGUUUCCGUGACCCAAAUUCUGGGGCUUAACACGCUCGGAAUCUCGAUGGUUCGGAUUGACUAUCCUCCGUGGGGUAUCAACUCUCUGCACACUCACCCUCGUGGCACCGAGAUCCUGACCGUGAUCGAAGGCACUCUUGUAGUUGGGUUCGUCACGUCAAAUCCUGAGAAACCGACACAUUACCAAGGUGCUUAAAAAGGGAGUGUAAAAGUCUAUGAACGGUAAAGAAGCAAAAAGGACAACACACGAUUUACGUGGUUUCCCCGUUCGAGGUGAACGGGACUACUCCACAAAGAACUUGAGGCUCUCGGGCUGAAAAUUAUUAUUCUUCCUCGGUUCACUGUUACAGUUCGGCUGCUGCCCUAGCCGAAUUACUUAAAGAAACAAAAGCCAGCCCU